AUGAAACGCAAGUGUAGUACCAAUAAAAUAAGCCAUCAUUUGAUCAAUGAAUUGAAACUACAAUUGUGUUCAAUCGGUUGUCAUCAAAAGCCAUCCUAUUUAUGGGAACUAAGUUUCGGUGAUUGCGAUCAUGUCCUCAAUGUCUGCCACGAGCUGGACAUCCAUCUCAACGAUCUUAAAGUGAUUCAAAUCAAUGACAUCUUAUUUAUUGCAAACUUUGAGCAUUUAUUAAGACAUUUGACAAACUUAUUGAACGACUCGUUCAUUGCAUUCAUCGAUGUCUCGCCUGAUCUCCAGAAACCACAACUUCUUACUCAACAACAGAUCCAAUCAAAGAAAGCCAUUAUAAGAGAUCUACUGAAUCAACUGAACACAGAUUCACAUGAAAUUUCAUUGCAUUCAUCGAUGUCUCGCCUGAUCUCCAGAAACCACAACUUCUUACUCAACAACAGAUCCAAUCAAAGAAAGCCAUUAUAA